GCAGCUCGGCCCCGUGGAGCCGCGGAGGGUGGAAGGGGAGUGGACCUAGAGGCGUAGGAGCCCAGUCUUCGCUGUCCGGAUCGCGCACUGUCCAAACUUGAGGGAUAAUGCUGCGAUUAUCCAAAUAACAAACCGAGAUAUCCCGCAGCUCCUGUUUUCAUCGAUUUCAUCAACCAAAAGGGGUUUUCUUUUUUUUCUUUUCGUUUUUGCCGUGAGGAAACCAAAUAGCAAGGAAUCGUUUUUUUUCCUCAUUUUUAAAUCUUUAAAAAUGUGGCAUAUUGCUUUUGAAGUACCCUAGUUUACUCCCCCCCCCUCCUCAAUAUCAGCGUGCAACAUCCUGCAUAUGCCAUCACCCUGGCAACCAGACCAUCGGUCCAUCAGCCUCCUGUGCUCCAGCUCUCACCACCAUCAGCCCUCACCACCAUCAGCCCUCACCACCAUCAGCUCUCACCACCAUCAGCCGCAGCCUGCGAGGGAAAUCAAGCCCUCGUCGUCUAAGUGGAAGCAGGGUUUGUUUUUGUUUUCUACAAAGGGGGUGAUGCUCAUUUUUCUUCCUUUCUUUAUUUUAUUUUUAAAGUAGUAAGGUUCAUGUGUCGGAGAAGUCUUUUCUCCCAGCACCAAAAUGCCUGUGAGACGCGGUCAUGUUGCGCUCCAGAACACCUACCUGGACACCAUCAUCAGGAAAUUCGACCAGCAAAAUCGCAAAUUUCUGAUAGCCAACGCCCAGACGAAAAACUGUGGCAUCAUCUAUUGCAACGAAGGCUUCUGCCAGAUGUUUGGUUUCGCCAGGGCGGAGAUCAUGCAGCAGCCCUGCACCUGCCAGUUCUUGGUGGGUCCCGGCACCAUGAAGAGCGCCCUGGCCCAACUGGCUGAGGCCCUGCUUGGCUCAGAGGAGCUCAAGGUGGAGAUCCUCUACUACGAUAAAGAAGGAACCUGUAGACCAUGCCUUGUAGACGUUGUCCCCGUCAAAAACGAAGAAGGUCUUGUGAUCAUGUUCAUCCUCGACUUCCAGGAGCUGGUUGAUCCUUCUCUCAAGAAGUCAGGCCUCAAGCAGAGAGUUGCCCAAGGAUUUAUAUACUGUCAGAACCGCAGGUUGAAGAUGAGGCUACCGGUGCUGCGGUCCAUGCGACAACCUUCACUUUCCAAAGAUCAGUUUGAAGGAGUGGUCGUGGACUACCUGCAGCCAAAUGGCGAGGAUGUCUCCCUCAAAGAGUUUCGUGUCCCAUCCAAGGAGAGCUGCAUGCAGUCUGAGACCGAAGCCCUCAUAGAACAGGACCUCGAUCCUCCGUCCCCUGCAGCCCAGUCCUCCACCCAGCGCCGCUCCCUGCUGACGGACCGCCUGGACCCCAGCGACGCCUUCCCCAGGGGUCCGCUACCUCUGAGCUGUCUUCGGGACAGCGUCCGCAGCCUUCGACGCGCCUCGUCGCUGGACGGCAUUGAUGGCAUGAGGGCCGAAUGGAGCAGUCGACCCGGGGACGUCCAAACCAACAGCAAUCUGAAGCCGAGUGCUCUGAACUCUACGUCGGACUCGGACCUGAUGAGACAUCGGACCAUCGGCCGCAUCCCUCAGGUCACUCUCACUUUUGGCUCGGACCGGUUGAGACCCCCUUCGCCCACUGAGAUUGAAAUCAUUGCACCCAGCAAGAUUAAAGACCGAACCCAGAAUGUCACUGAGAAGGUCACUCACGUCACUCAGGUGUUGUCCCUCGGUGCCGACGUGCUGCCAGAGUACAAGCUCCAGGCCCCACGCAUCCACAAAUGGACCAUCCUUCACUACAGCCCCUUCAAAGCCGUGUGGGACUGGGUCAUCCUGCUGCUGGUCAUCUACACCGCCAUCUUCACACCGUACUCGGCCGCCUUCCUUCUCAACGAGGUGGAGGAGGAGCGGAGGAGAACUUGCGGCUACACCUGCAACCCUCUCAACGUGGUGGACCUGGUGGUGGAUGUCAUGUUUAUCGUGGACAUACUCAUCAACUUCAGGACCACCUACGUCAACCACAACGACGAGGUGGUCAGCCACCCAGGUCGCAUCGCGCAGCACUACUUCAAGGGCUGGUUCCUGAUUGAUAUUGUGGCUGCCAUCCCCUUCGACCUGCUCAUAUUCCGCACCGGGUCUGAAGAGCCUCAGACAACCACUCUGAUUGGAUUACUGAAAACAGCCAGGCUGCUGAGGUUGGUCCGAGUGGCCAGGAAGUUGGACCGCUACUCGGAAUACGGAGCCGCAGUCCUUUUCCUCCUCAUGUGCACCUUUGCACUCAUCGCCCACUGGCUGGCCUGCAUCUGGUACGCCAUCGGCAACGUGGAGCGCACUGGUUCUGCGCGCAUCGGAGGCAUGAAGAUUGGCUGGCUGGACAACCUGGCCGACCAGAUCGGUAAACAGUACAAUGAUAGUGACGCAGCCUCGGGCCCCUCCAUCAAGGACAAGUAUGUUACAGCCCUGUACUUCACCUUCAGCAGCCUGACCAGUGUGGGUUUUGGGAACGUUUCACCCAACACCAACCCAGAGAAGAUCUUCUCUAUCUGCGUCAUGCUCAUUGGCUCCCUGAUGUACGCCAGUAUCUUCGGUAACGUGUCCGCAAUCAUUCAGAGACUUUAUUCCGGAACGGCCCGGUAUCACACCCAGAUGCUGCGGGUCAAAGAGUUCAUCCGUUUUCAUCAGAUCCCAGGAAGCCUGAGACAGAGGCUGGAGGAGUACUUUCAACAUGCCUGGUCCUACACCAACGGCAUCGACAUGAAUGCUGUUUUAAAGGGGUUUCCUGAGUGUCUACAGGCUGACAUCUGCCUCCAUUUGAACCGCAGCUUGCUACAGAACUGCAAAGCUUUUCGAGGUGCCAACAAAGGCUGUCUGCGUGCUCUGGCUAUGCGAUUCAAGACCACCCACGCUCCACCGGGUGACACCCUGGUCCACAGCGGGGACAUUCUCACCGCUGUCUACUUCAUUUCUAGAGGCUCUAUAGAGAUCCUCAGGGACGAUGUGGUGGUGGCCAUACUAGGAAAGAACGACAUCUUUGGAGAAUCCAUCAGUCUGUAUGGGCGGCCAGGUAAAUCGAGCGCUGAUGUCCGGGCUUUGACCUACUGUGACCUUCACAAGAUCCUGAGAGACGACCUGCUGGAAGUGCUGGACAUGUAUCCCGACUUCUCCAAUGUGUUCUGGAACAACUUGGAGAUCACCUUCAACCUGAGAGAUGCAGAUAGAAUACAGCAGCCAACCCCGGGCAGAGACUCUGAAUGUGGCUACCGCCGGACGAGGCAUCGGAAAAGCUCCCUGCGUCGCCGAAACCGACCGGACGGCAUGGAUCGUGAAGACUCUUGCCCCAAUCAGUCGUGUCCAAUGGCAAACCACCAGCAGGGAACCAUGUCAGGGUCCCAUUGGGAAGGUCUCUGCAGCAGUGCUAGCAUCUGUUCACAGUCCAGCGAUGAGGAGAUUAGGCCCAUGGGACAUAGGAAAGGGGAGCUGUUCCCGACAGGAGACACCAGAGACUACCUCCCGGCAGUGGUCAACCUCCUGCCUCAGAGUGGACCCUCGGCUGGGAUGGGACCGCCUGUAGACCUCACAGGACCCCAAUACUCAGCAACAGCCCCGAUCAGCACGUCAGGCCUGUAUGGAUACUGGCCAGAGCGCGGAGCCAGCCAGUUCUCAGAGGGCCAGAGACGACCGUCUUCAGGCCGGACCAGUUACCACCCUACGCCCUGCGCCGAGCAUCGAUCCAGCGAGCUGGACUCCAGGCUGGAGCUUCUACAGUCCCAGUUAAACCGGCUGGAGACUCGAAUGACAGCGGACAUCAACGUGAUCCUGCAGCUCCUCCAGAGGCAGAUGGUCCCGGUGCCUCCGGCCUAUAGCGCUGUGUCCCCCAGUCCUCACCCACCUCACCCCACUGCAUUGUACAGCCCAGGAGAACCCACAACCCACUCUGUCCCUCCAAUGCAGCCAGUACACAUCGACAAUACUGCCUCACCACUGCAGAGUCCAGGAUCUGUCUUCAACCACAAAUCCCAGGAAUCUCUGUCCAGUGGGAUCCAUCUCACUGUUGCCUCCGAUGACACGGUGUCCAUGUCGCCGGAGGCCGAGCCUCCACAUCUGCCCUCUGUGGACCUCAUCCCUCCUCAAUUUUCAGUGGCCCAAGAGCUUCCCGGACUGCUAUGUGUCAGCCAGCGCUUCCCCUCCCUCCCUGAGCACCUGGAGACCCCCACAGAGAUGCAGAAGAUCCACAGGCAUGUCUCCAACCCUGUCUUACCAGGCAGCUAGAACAAUACCAACACCACCCAAAAGCCUGGUCCUUUGGAGAGGACUAUCUUCCCCACUCUGUUACUGUCCCUUUUCUCCCUUCAGACCUCCCCUCCCCCGUUCAGAUGCUGCUGUAGGACGUGGGACGCCCCGCCUUGCACGUCACUGAGGGUUCAGAGUGCCUCCUGUUUCUUACGUACAGACUCUACUGCGCCUUCACAGGCUGCCAUGGUUUUGUGCUCCAGCGUUCGAGGUCCUGCGCACUGAUGAGAUUAUUUCUGCCCAGCAGAGUGGGCAAAUUGUAGGAUGAGUGAGUGGACAGUAAAGACAUACAACAAAAACAUGCGUCAUGCUGUUGCUGGGUCCCAAACCAAAGAGAGGUGAAAUGUCAAGGACUUGUAAUGUGUUUCACAAGUGAAGAAUUAUCUGCAUUCACUUUGUAUAAGAAUUGCACAAUUAGACUUGAGCUUAGACAAAUGUAAUCGUUUAUUUCCCUAAUAUUAGAGAUGUAUAAGUCUUAGGAAAAAUACAUCUAGGAAUUGUAAUAAACUAUGAAGUUAGUGAUACACUUUUGUUGCUUUACUUUAUGUUGAAAAAAAUAUCAAAAUAGAUAAUGUAGCUGUCUAUCACCCUGAAGGAUUCAAUGCAGUGUUUAGAGGAGCAUUCUAUGAAAAGUGUGAUUUUCAUCUCAUAUUUCAUGAUUCAACAUUUAGACUGAAUAAACAGACUUGUCACUGGCUCAUGAGAAGGUAUUACAACAUGCACAAACAAGUAUACCUGUGAAAUCUU